AUGGAAUAGGCAGAAGGGUGGUUAAGAGGCGUUGCGUGGUGGCUGAUCCGUGUCUAUCAUGGUUGAAUACGAAUCCAAGGGGCGCCAAUAGAACUGGUGGAAACCUGAAGAUAUCGCUUGGAGGAAGCGAUUGAAACCUGUUUCUGGCCGGGUCCUGGGGCUGUGGGGGAUAGGCGGGACUGUAUUGGAAUUUACAGAGAAAAAUACCUGACAGAACACCCAAUGCUCAAGAGAUCCUGGUACUCUGCGUGGAUUAAUUUCGCCCAGCAGUUACCUGCUCCCCCCAGGAGGAGGCAUCACCAUAUUCUCUGCUUGACAUCUGCUUGAAUUACCUUACCUCUGACCUAGAGAAAUUUUGUACAGAAAGGCAUGAUGGGACGUUGUGUUUGCAAGAGCCUGGAAUAUUUCCACAAGAAGUGGCUGACCGAUUGCUGCGGACGAUGGCAUUUCACGGACUGCUGAAUGAAGCUACUGUGGGCAUUUUUCGAGGCAACCAGAUGCGUUUGAAAAGAGCUUGUAUCCGGAAAGCAAAAAUCUCUGCUGUGGCUUUUCGGAAAGCAUUCUGCCACCAUAAGCUGGUGGAGCUUGAUGCCACCGGAGUGAAUGCAGACAUUACAAUCACAGAUAUCAUCAGCGGACUUGGCAGCAAUAAAUGGAUCCAGCAAAACCUCCAAUGCCUUGUGCUGAAUUCACUAACUCUUUCAUUGGAAGACCCCUAUGAAAGGUGCUUCAGUCAGUUGACUGGUCUUCGUGCUUUGAGCAUUACUAAUGUUCUGUUUUACAAUGAAGACCUAGCUGACGUGGCUUCGCUUCCAAGAUUAGAAAGCUUGGAUAUAUCCAACACCUCAGUUACUGACAUAACUGCACUCCUUGCCUGCAAAGAUCGCCUCAAGUCUCUUACCAUGCACCACCUGAAAUGCUUGAAAAUGACCACCACUCAGAUUUUGGAUGUCAUACGAGAGUUAAAAUUCCUAAAUCAUCUUGAUAUUUCAGAUGAUAAGCAGUUCACAUCUGAUAUUGCACUUCGUUUGUUAGAACAGAAGGACAUCUUGCCCAAUCUUGUUUCUUUGGACAUUUCGGGGAGGAAGCAUGUUACUGAUGAAGCUGUGGAAGCAUUUGUUAAACAGCGGCCCUCAAUGCAGUUUGUGGGGCUGCUAGCUACUGAUGCUGGUUACUCAUUAUUCCUCACCGGAGAAGGAAACUUAAAGGUAUCUGGAGAAGCGAAUGAAACUCAGAUUUCUGAAGCUCUAAAGCGUUACAGUGAGCGAGCUUUCUUUGUGAGGGAGGCACUCUUUCAUCUCUUCAGCCUUACACAUAUUAUGGAAAAAACCAAGCCAGAAAUUCUAAAGCUGGUAGUUAUUGGGAUGAGAAAUCACCCUUUGAACUUGCCAGUGCAAUUAGCAGCGAGUGCCUGUGUGUUUAACCUGACAAAGCAAGAUUUAGCUGCAGGCAUGCCUGUUAGGCUACUGGCAGAUGUCACUCACUUGCUCCUUAAGGCCAUGGAACAUUUUCCCAAUCACCAACAGCUCCAAAAGAACUGCCUUCUGUCGUUGUGCAGUGACAGAAUCCUUCAGGAUGUUCCAUUUAACAGGUUUGAAGCAGCCAAGCUUGUCAUGCAGUGGCUGUGUAACCAUGAAGAUCAGAAUAUGCAGAGGAUGGCAGUGGCUAUCAUCUCCAUUCUUGCUGCAAAGCUUUCAACAGAACAAACAGCUCAACUUGGUGCAGAGCUCUUCAUUGUUAGGCAACUACUGCAAAUUGUGAAGCAAAAAACAAAUCAGAAUGUAGUGGAUACUACUCUCAAGUUUACACUGAGUGCACUUUGGAAUCUCACUGAUGAGUCCCCAACCACAUGUCGGCACUUUAUUGAAAACCAAGGGCUGGAACUUUUCAUGAAAGUCUUGGAGUCUUUUCCAACAGAAUCGUCUAUCCAACAGAAAGUUCUUGGCCUUCUGAACAACAUAGCAGAAGUUAAAGAGCUCCAUUCAGAGCUGAUGUGGAAAGACUUCAUAGAUCACAUCAGCAAACUGUUGCACAGUGUUGAGGUGGAGGUCAGUUAUUUUGCAGCUGGGAUUAUUGCUCACUUGAUAUCAAGAGGAGAACAAGCCUGGACGUUGAGUCGCAACCAGAGAACCUCUCUCCUAGAACAACUGCAUUCUGCCAUUCUGAAUUGGCCUACACCAGAAUGUGAAAUGGUGGCUUAUAGGUCAUUCAACCCUUUUUUCCCUUUACUGGGAUGCUUCAUGACCCCUGGUGUACAGCUAUGGGCAGUCUGGGCCAUGCAGCAUGUCUGCAGCAAAAACCCGGCAAGGUACUGCAGCAUGUUAAUUGAUGAAGGUGGAUUGCAUCACUUGUAUAACAUCAAGGAAAACAGCCAGACUGAUCCAGAUGUUCAGCGAAUUGCUGUCUCUAUCUUAGAUAGUUUAGAAAAACAUAUUUUGCGGCAUGGGAGGCCACCUCCUUGUUAAAGCUUGUCAGACACUAAGCCAAAUUAAAAGAAAAAUAACAGGGAAUAGGCAUGUAAAUUAUCCUCUAAUAAUCCCUUAUGAAGUAUCUCUAGUUGGAAUAACUUCUGUUACAGUGAUCACCAUUAAAGCUCUUUGCCAACAGUUGUGGAAACAGGUACAGCUCAUGGCUGGCAAAUGUUGCCUUUAAUGGUCUCUGCAGUUAAGGGUUUUCAUGAGGAUCUAGGACAUAUUCCUAAACUGGUCAUGUCUAUAGGAUCACCGCUGGCUGUGAAAAAGUGGAGAUUGUACAGUUCAAAUGCACAUCCAAAAUGAAACCUCUAUGAAUUUGUGAGUUCAGGUCCCAAAAGUCGUUCCUGCUUGCUUCAUUCCUUCAGAAUAGUUGUGUUUAAAUAGAGCUGUUCACCAACUCAGUAUUUGACUAGAACUUGUAAAGUCAACACUUUCCAGCUUCAAACAAUGUCAUUUGUCCACACAUUAAAACACAAUAUCUUAUGAGUAAGGUGACCAGGGAUUUUUUCCCUCCAGGGACCUUUGGAAACCCAUAUGGAGGCUUCAGCUUCAUUUCAUGUUUCAAAUACUUUCCCCCCACAGGGGCACCUGAGUUUUGAAUCAACAGUUUAUUUACCCCAAUAUACUAUGAUGAGAAUCUGCUUAUAGGAAGUAACAUAGGUUCUGUUUUAAGGGAGCCACAGGCAUAGGAGGGAAAUUGCAAUUAAGUAAGAAAGAAAAACUCUGCUAUUACACUUGAUUAAACAAAAGUGUAUGUUUAACAGAAGAGUAGGAAAACUGAAGCUCUCCACCAAAAGGUUUGCUAAAGUGAGAAGAACUUCCUCACCCUAUGGGAUUGUACGAGACCAAGGAUAUCUAAUCAACUUAUUUAUGACAGACUAUUAAUUGCUUUGCUGUUUCUCGUAAAUACUUUGUCAGUAUUUGUGCAGUGAACUUUAUGUGCAAGGCACCACCAUACAAAAUCUCAUCCAACAUCCCAUGUAAAGUCUGGUGUAAAUUACAUUGUUGUGUGGAGUAUUAAAGUUUUACAUAAAACUUUCCAUGGUUUAAAAGUG